AUGGGCUAUAGAUUAAAGAGAAGCAAGUAUUCCAUGCACGAAGGAGAGGACGCCAGCGACGGGAUUGGCAGUGAGAUGAACAGGGAUGGCAGUGGCAUGAAUGAUGGCGACGUCGAAGGCUACUUCAAAAGCGACGAUGAAUCGGCCGAUAAUUACGACAACGACGACAGUAACUAUUAUGAUAAUAAUUAUGACGGUAAUAAUUAUUACAGUGACCUACCUCCAGGCCGGGGUCAUCAUUACGAUGAAGAUGGAGCUGCUAAUGUUGAUAAUCGUCGUGCCGGUCAUCGCGGUGGCUUCAGUGGCGACCACGACGACCGGGAAGAUAAUAAUUACGGGAGAGAUCAUGAUUAUAGGAGAGGGAGAGGUGGAGGAAGCUACCGCGACAAUAACAGAUACAACAGCAACCAGAGAAGUAAUAGCAACAGCAGAAAUUUUAGAGAGAGAGAGAGAAGCGAUAGUAGGGACAGAUCUAGAAAUUAUCACCUUCAACAAAAUCCACAACAUCUACAGCCUCAUCCUCCAAUCCGUCCUCAACAACAUCAACAGCAGCAGCAAAGGCCUCGCGCUUCCCAACAGUUUGGCCACAGUGCUCACCAUUUCAGUUCUCCACCUUCACAUCAGCAACAAUAUCCCGCACACCAGCGGCAGCAAAGAUUUCCAGCACCGCCACAGUUUGGGUCAGUACGUUUUCAGCAGCACGGAGCAGCACAGCAGCAGCAAGAGGAACCAGAUUCACAGCAACCAAAACAUCUUCAGCAGAAACAACAGCAAGCAGAUGACUCCAACAAAGCCGCAAACAACCAACCACAGUUCCACACCAACGUUCAUCAGCAACAGCAGCCUGGCAACAAGCAACAACAACAACAGCCACAGCAGCAGCUGCAACGUCCUGGCAACAAGCAACAGCCACCGAAACUGAACCCACCACCACUUCCGCCAGGGCAACAUCAGCUGCAGCGUUUUCAAAAUGCACCUAGGCCUCCGAGAUUUAUGAAGCCAGAAUGAGGCUCUGAUGUUUAUAAUUGUGAGGGUUGCAAUUGGGAUUCUGAUGAAAAUAACUGUAAUGAUUUCAACUGCUAGAAUGGUGAUGAUAUCGAUAAUAUUAAUAAGAAUGAUGGUAAUGAUAACGAUUUAUGUAUGUAUGUGUAUAUAUAUAUAUUUUUUUCAAAGUUUAUUCAUAACUAGCAACAUAUCAAAUAAGUGAAUGAUAGUUACGAAGUUGAAUGUGUGUUGAGACACCGAAUGUCUUGUAGUGGGGCCAAGGCUGGUAGCUAUGUGAAUAUUUAAUGAGAAGAGAUAAGAAAGAUAAUUGAGACGGAAAGAUAAUUAAGGAUAAAUAGAUAAAUGUUCUUGUUACACGUACAUACAUACUUACAUACAUGCAUACAUUCAUACAUACAUACAUACAUACAUACAUACAUACAUACAUACAUACAUUCAUACAUACAUACAUUUUACUUCUUAUUAUUGCUGUUAUGAAUGCUAUUAAUAUUUAAAAUUUAUAAAUUGUCAGCAAAUAAUUUUCAUGCUUUGUAUUUAUUUGUAUCUGCUAUCGAUAAUCUUCUCGACGACGAUGACGAUGAUGAUGCUGGAGAUGAUGGAGGUGGUGAUUGGGGUGAUUAAAAUUACUAUGAUGAUGAUGAUGACGAUGACGUAGAUGAUGACGUUUAUGGUGAUGUACGAAUGUAAUAAUAAUUGCUUGCUGAUCGUAACGGCGAUAAUGUCUAUUUUAAAUAAAUAAAUAUAAAAAUAUAUAUAUUUGUGCGUAAUAUUAUGUCAUUUUAUUACAACCAUAAUUAUUAAUUGUACUAAUAAAUAAAUAAUAAUAAUAAUAAUGCUAAGACGUUACAAUUGGAACUGUUCAGUUGGAUCAGUUGGAUUCUUUGUUUUAAUUACAUAUAAUUUUUAUUCAUAUUACCAUUCAUGUUAUUCAUAAUUUGUGUUACUUCCUUUAGUUAAGAUUUCGGUUUUAAAAUA